ACAUGAAUUUAACCAGAGCACACGGUGCAGUCCCAUUCACAUCUCAGCUUCUCCAGCGAAGGAACAUCAAGAUCCAUCCCCCUGAAUCCUCUUAGGCAUGGUUUCUCAAAUGACCAACUCCCUUGUCAAGUGUCUGCUGAUUCUCUUCACCCUCGUCUCUGUGAUACUGAACAUCGUUUUGUUAUGCCUGAAUUCCAAUCGGCUUCCAAAAUGCCAAAUGCAAUCCCAAGGAACUGUGGUGGCCAACCACACGGACCAGAGCUUGAUAUUCUCCGACCUGACCCCCGAGGAAUACCGGUUGGUUCGCGAUUACAUGUGGAAACAGAAGGACUUGAGGAUUUCUCGCUCUGCCUUCGCGAAAGCAUCAGAGAACUUCAUCUUCUUGAUUGACCUUUUGCUGCCAAAGAAAGCAGAAGCGCUGAGAUACCUGGAUUCUCACGGGCCCAAACCUGAACGCCUCGCCAAUGUCGUGGUGUUUUAUGGAGAGUUAAACUACCUCAAGGAGUAUGUGGUGGGACCUCUGUCCGGUCCAAUCCACCAUCGGGAUGUUACAAUGGAGAAGUACAAUAAAGAGAGCUUACCUUUCAAUUCCCGUCCAGUGACCAUCGGGGAGUACUCGCAGCUUUUUGAGCUGGUGUAUGGCAACAUCUUCACCCAGCUGACGACCGAACUGAAGGAGAGCUUUGGUUAUGACCCGAAAAAAAAAAACCUGAAUGUUUUCGAAGGGAUGCCCAGAGGAGUAAAAUCUGGAGAUCGAAAGACGUGGGUAUCGUUUUUCCGUGAUGUCAGCGGCAUGUAUAUCCAUCCAGUUGGCUUUGAAAUUUUAGUCUGUCAUGAAAGUGCAAACUCCUCAGAUUGGACUGUUGAAAAAGUCAUGUACAACAGCGAAUACUUCGACAGCAUUGAGAGUUUUAAAAAAAAGUAUGCAGCAAAUGAUGUACAAAAGAUUGUGUAUAAAGAUAUCUCUAAUUACGCCUCGCUGAAACCAAAAAGCAAACCUACAGGACUGGGACCACAUCAGUAUUACCUUCAAGGCAAACGCUUCAGUGUGAAGAACAACCAGGUGAUUUACAAGGAGUGGAGCUUUGCGUUCGGUCUGAGCUCGCUGACCGGCAUGCGAGUGUUCGACGUUCGCUUCAAAGGAGAAAGGAUCAUCUACGAGCUCAGCGUCCAGGAGGCAAUGUCCGUGUACGGCUCCAUAACUCCAGGGAUGAUGCUCACCAAAUUUCUGGACACCAGCAUUGGCAUUGGCCGAUUCGCCCAUGAGCUGGUUCGAGGCGUCGAUUGUCCAUAUUCCGCCACUUAUGUAGACGUUUACCGCUACAUCGACAUCAACGCAACGCAGCUCUUCAGAAACGCCAUCUGCGUCUUCGAGCACGACUUGGGACGGCCACUACGCCGCCACUUUUCAGAUUUCUUCCAGAAUAGCUACGGAGGCUUGACCAACAGCGCUCUGUACAUCCGCACCAUCACGGCCAUCGGAAACUACGACUACAUCUGGGACUUCAUCUUCUACGAGAGCGGCACCGUGGAGGCCAGAGUUCACGCCACAGGAUAUAUAUCAUCCUCUUAUAAAGUGCCCGGCAGUCUCAAGUACGGCCACCAGGUCGCGGAAAACGUGCUCGGGAACGUCCACACGCACUUCGUUAAUUUCAAAGUGGAUCUGGAUAUUUUAGGUGUGAGGAACGUGUUCCAGACCAAAGACAUGGAGUUCGAGGAGACUCCUUUGCCCUGGAUGCCCGAACACAAGGCUAAAAUCCCCAAAGUGGUGGAGAAUCAACUCAGCACCGAGGAGGAAGCGGCACUUCGAUACGGUACUAAAAUUCCCCGUUACCUCCACGUGGCCAGCAAUCAGAAGAACCGGUGGGGCCACCAACGCUCCUACAAGCUGCAGGUUAUUAGUUUGGCCGGAGAUCACCUCCCAGAGAGCGAGCCGGAGGAGAAGAGCAUGUCCUGGGCACGGUACAAAGUUGCCAUAACGAAGCACAAAGACUCCGAGCAGACCUGCAGUGGUCUGUACAACCAGAACGGCAUGUGGGACCCAGUCAUUGACUUCAGCAAUUACAUCAAGGACAACGAGAGUAUUGAGAAUGAGGACCUGGUCGCCUGGGUAACGGCAGGCUUCCUCCAUAUCCCUCACGCCGAGGACAUUCCCAACACGGUGACGGUGGGAAACGGAGGCGCCGUGCUCAUCCGCCCGCAUAACUAUUUUGACGAGGAUCCCUCCAUCCACUCGUCCGAUGCCGUCUACCUCCAGCCGGGAUCGGAAAAAGACUGUGAGUACAACAAGAUGGCGUGUUUAGACAAACACGUGUGUACCCCCACGCUGGAGCCAUUCACAUACCAGGGGUUCGAGGGAGUCAUGAAUUUCAACCAGUAAAUAAUGUAUAUUA